ACCAUCUCAUAAGUAAAUUAGCAACCUAAGCCUAAUCUCGAAUUUAUUUAGUAAGACAAAACAUUUUCAUACUAAUAAGAACACCCCUUUUUAAGAAAAUAGCCCAUGCCUGCAACCUGCCACUUCCUUGUUUGAAAUAAAAAGUUUAUUCGCAAAGUUUAAUGCUGCAUUUUUUAAAAUUUCUUUAACUUCUUAAGGGAGCGGGUUUGGUUAUUACGUACAUUUUCUUAAUUUGGGUUUGUUUCGUUUCGGGUUAUUAGUUGAUGCUGGUCCUGGGAAGACAGUUUCAAAGAAUGUGUUCCUCAGAUUUCAAGAGCAAGUUUCCUCUUCAUGCCAUGGUCUGGGAAAACGACUACAGAAAUUUGGAAAAACAGUUAGGGAAGCACGAUAUAGAGGAGGUUGACCCACGGGGUCGGACGCCCCUGCACCUCGCUGUAUCCUUGGGUCAUUUGGAGUCAGUCAGGGUCCUUCUGAGACACAGCGCGGAGGUAACCAAAGAGAACGCCAAAGGCUGGACAGUGCUGCAGGAGGCGGUGAGCACUGGGGACCCAGAGAUGGUGCAGCUGGUUCUGCAGAGACGGGACUACCUCAAAGCAUCAACCGCCCUUGGAGGGGUGCCAGAACUGUUGUGCAAGAUCCGAGAGUCUCCAGAUUUCUACAUGGAAAUGAAGUGGGAGUUCACAAGUUGGAUCCCCCUGGUCUCCCGGGUGUGCCCCAGUGACGUGUGUCGGAUCUGGAAGAGGGGCGCUAGCCUGCGGGUGGACGCCACCCUGCUGGCGUUCGAGAACAUGAGCUGGAUCAGGGGCCGGCGCAGCUACAUUUUCAGAGGGGACGAUAAUUGUGCCGAGCUGAUGGAGGUGAAUCACGAUGAGGAGGUCGUGGACACUGAGCGCUUCGAUAUCUCCCGGGAGAUGGAGGACGUCACACUGGACUCCAUGCAGCCCGCCGAGCAGGAAGUGGCCAAGCGUCUGACCACGCCCAUCGUUAACACGUACCUGGACACACGGCACAUUGCCUUCGAGAGAAAUAAGUCAGGGAUCUGGGGCUGGAGGAGUGACAAAACAGAGACUAUCAAUGGUUUUGAAGCCAAGGUGUUCACAGUGAACAACGUCAACGUAGUGAUUCGGACGAGGACAGAGCACCUCACUGAGGAGGAGAAGGCAAGGAUCAAAGACGAGAGGAACCUUCUGGAGUCUCUGCUGGGCACAGUGGAGCAGCACGUUAGCGCACAAGGGGACCUCACCAUGGAAUUCGCAACAGCAACCAACCCCACGGCUAUAACCCCUGAGGAAUAUUUCAACCCCGACUUCGAUCUCCAGGACCGAGACAUCGGGCGGCCCGUCGAGCUUACCAUCAGAACUCAAAAGUUCAAAGCCACCCUGUGGAUGAGCGAGGAGCACCCCCUGUCUCUGGUGGAGGAGGUGACCCCAAUCAUUGACCUGAUGGCUCGGACCAGCUCUCACUUUGCCCGCUUGAAGGACUUCGUAACCCUGAAAUUCCCGCCGGGCUUCCCAGUCAAGAUCGAGAUCCCGCUCUUCCACGUCCUGAGUGCUCGGAUCACGUUUGGGAAUGUGAACAAGUGCAGCACCGGAGAGCCGUCUGAAUCCACACCAUCCCCAACCGGGGCCCAGGAAGAGGGAGACUCUGCAGCUCCGGCUAGCGCUGCGUUCCAGGUGUGCCCCACUGUGUUUGAGGUGCCAGCGCGGUACCGUCGGAGGGGGGGCAGCAGGGCCGUGCCCGUCCCAAACCACGAUGAGGAGCUGCUGCAGUACGCCAUCCAGCAGAGUCUAUUGGACUCAAGCAACGCAGCAGCCGGCCAGGAGACCCCCUGGGGUGAUACGAAUGGGACGCUGUCACAGACGAAGUUCAACAGCCAGUAUGAAAGGACAGUCCAGGAGAGCCGGCUGACGGACCUGCCAGCACCCAAUUCCAUGUCGGAGCUGAAACACGCCAUGGAGCUGUCGGCACGCGCCCAAGAGGAGGAGGAGAGGAUGAGGAAGGAGGAAGAGGAGGAGCUGGAGAGAAUCUUGCUGCUCUCACUAACUGAGAAAUAGAGAGAGAGCGAAAGGGAAAGAGAGAAAUGUUUCCAAUCCUAGGCUACCUCCUGACUUCUGCAACAGAGGAGCAGCAGUUUUUAUCAGCGUCUUUUUGCCCCCUUAAAAAACGAACACAACUCACAGUUAGCUCCUCGGCGGUAAUGCUUCGGAACUUUUUUUAAAAUGUUUUUUGAAGAAUUUUUUUAGAAUCGUAAUUUAAAGACAUAAUAGAAACGUACAAUUUUUUUUAUCUCUGUUUCUUAGCUAAUACUUUUCUAUGCAGUCUCUUGGUAUUACUACUGUGGAACUAUACCCUUUCUUUAAAGAGCAACUUAGAGGAAAUGUAGCUCUCAGGUUAGCAUUCUAGAACACCAGAGGCAGUGUGACAAAGGACUGGGAAGCAGUUUGACAGAGGGGUUGUAGAGUCACUAAGUGAUGAGCGUAAGGAUUCAUAAUUAUCCCUCUGUCCUUGAUUGUCCAGGAAAACUUUGUACAGUCAGGUAUCUCAGGCAAACUCAUUUCCAAAAACCUAGAUCUAUGUUUGGUUAACACAAUCAUUUCCAAGCUUGCGAUACUAGAGAAUUAAAGUUUCUGCCACUAGAUGGCAGUGCAGUGCUCAGGCAUGAUAAAUAAGGAGAAGUAUUUUGAAGUAAAAGCCGGUAGCCUCCAUUUCUGCCAAGUGACUGAAGUGAGCAAUAACUUGUAAAAGUAUUAUUAUUAUUAUUAGUAGUAGUAGUAGUAGUAAUUAAAAAAAAUUCCGAUCUGUUCCAUUCUCAAUCUUAGAGCUGUUCACCCCCCAGUACCCAGUAGAGGGGGACUGGAAGGGCUGAAGGGUCCUAGGGCAGCAGUAAAAUCAAGAUCAGGACCUCCUGGCUUAACUUUGAUAUGAUUAUUGUGUUGCUGCUGUUUUAUAAUUUAAAGUGUGCAUCACGUUUUAACGCUGGCCUUUGGAGAAUGGUAUAUUUGUGUGCUGCACUUCCCCUUUUUAAGGUUGUGGGAAUGACACACGAGACAGACACCUGGUAGGCUGUGUCUAAGUGUGCCGCUCCUGCCGGUUUGUGACGUUGAGACGGUCAUGUUCACUCCUUGUAAAGCCAAUGGCAGUAAUAGUGUCCUUGCUUGUUCAUGACCUCUUAAACAUGUCAUUAAUACAUGUACAUCCUGCACACUGCAUAACCAAAGUAAUUAGUGUAACACCACUCAAUAUUACAGUGACACAUAAAAGCGCUGUCACAGUGCCAGUCUGGUAUUCUGAAAAUGCAUCCUAUGUGCAUCUGUUUUACUUCUCAUGCCAGGAAGCCUGCCCAAGGCUGUGUACUGGUUCACAGAAUGCCAACAGGGUGGUGCUUGACCAUUCUAAUUGUUCGGCUGAUUAGAACCGAUUCAGGGAAUCAGCCUUGAACCAGCCAAAGAUGCCAUUUUCAGAGGGAAAAACAAACGUGAAAACUGUUACACUUGUGGAGCUGUUGAUUUUAACUAUGGGCAUCCUAUAGAGUGAAAACGUCAUGCGGUCUGAUUUUGACAACAGAGGACGAUACCCACUCUUUAUUUCUUUAGUGCUUUUUCCUGCUUGAUAAACCACACAACCCAGUGAAAACAGCUUUGAACUGGAAAUUAGGGUUUAGGGCCAAAAAUCAAUCUGGUGUGACGCCAACUCCUUCCACAAGCACACACAGACCUGUUAAAGAAAGAGCAGUCAAGUCAACACGGGUGCGAAUCUGCUUUUUUAUUUUUCAACCCCUUUUAUAUUUCUCCAUUUGUAUAUGUUUUGGUUUUCAGAUGCCAGUUAUACCCUCAAAAUACCCUUUAUUUUCAAAAAGGGAAAAAAAGCACUUUAUAUUUCAUUUUUUCUCUAUCAUUUUGUACAGUUCUUAGCAGUAUGUUCCUUAAAAGCGCAUUGUUAAAAAAAAAAAAAAAGCAGAUUUUUUUUCUUCUGAUAUUGUCUUUAAGAGAUUCAAUGUAUUCUAUU